CCUCUGCUAACGAUAGUCUUUUUUUAUUUCACUCAGAUACUUUUGGAUUUUCACGUUCUUGGUGAGAUAGGUGUUGGCUGACAUAAAGGCCUUCCAGGGAACAGAGACCGACAGCGUUGCCACAGACCUCAGAUAAGCGUGCUAGCUGCUCUUUACAAACGAUGAGGCCAUUGCAUAGCAUAUUUCAUUCAUUCAGGCUAACGCUAGCUCUGUGGAGGCGGUUCUAACGUUAACUUGACACUACUGCAUUUGCGUUACAGUGUCCAGCUACAGUGUGACUUUGAUUUCUUUGUUGAGUGGGGGGAUAACAGUAUCGUGCGUUAGCCCGCUGUAACGUCAUUACUGCUAGGUUAGCAGGGUAACGUCAACGUUUACGUUACUAUUAUGGAUUAUGAGCAUAAAGCGAGGGCAGUGGGUGAGUGCUUGCUGAGCUACAAGAGGGAUGAGUCUGGAUGGAGAGUCUGCAAGAAAUCGAAUGACGUGGUUGUGUCUUGGCGCCCCUCAUCUGAGUUCCCUGGGAAUGUUUACAAGGGGGAGGGGAUUGUCAGUGGCUGCCCAGAGAAAGUGUGGGAGUGUCUGAAACCAGUAACCAAUGGACUCAGAGUCAAGUGGGAUAAUAAUGUGAAAAAGUUUGAGCUUUUGGAGCAAAUCACAGAGGACAUCUCUAUCUGCCGAACAGUCACACCCUCAGCAGCUAUGGGUAUCAUAGCUCCACGAGACUUUGUAGAUGUUAUUUUAGUUAAGCAAUACGAAGAUGGCACCAUCUCAUCAAAUGCCACCAAUGUGAGUCAUCCUUGCUGUCCUCCCCAGUCUGGCUAUGUGAGAGGAUUCAACCAUCCAUGUGGUUGCAUCUGUGUUCCCAUCUCAGGAGAGCCCAACAAAACCCAGGUGUUGAGCUUCUUCCAAACAGACCUGGGCGGCUUCCUCCCUCGCUCUGUGGUUGACUCGUUCUUCCCUUCAAGCAUGGCUGAGUUCUACAGCAAUCUUGCUAACGCUGUUAAAUCCCUCAAGCCCCUUUGACACCCAGAGUUAAGAAAUCUACCUCAAGACCCAAGGCCUACUAUUUGGUCAGGCUAAUUGUUCAUUCCACAUUAGCAGUCCAAACUUAACAGCCAUCAGCACACUGAGAUCAUUAAACUGUUGUGUAUUUUAAAUAGAUCCAAUCCACAGUUUAUCUUUAAUGUACUGUACAUUUGUAUUCCUGUGUUACUGUCAGAGGACUCCAGUAAAUCUUUAGCAGUCAACCCCUUAUUUAACAGCAGUUUACACAUUAAGAAUUCCCAAAAUAAGAAUGACGUCUUGCAGUUGACAAAACCUGCAUUUCAAACUCCAGUUUCUGUACAUCCAUCUCUGGGAUAAAUUAUUUUUUCUCCAACCUAAAGAAUGAAAAUAGAUGUCAAAUCUAUAUUUGUUCAUGUGCUAAAAGUACACAACAUUGUUACUUUUUGUCACUAUGAUGAAAUUCAUGUAAGCGCAUACUUCAGUUUGUACAGUGCAUGUUGCAUGGACCCUUAUUUACCCCAUGCUGGUAUCUGGUUGUUGUUCCUGAGUACACACUCAUACCACGUGUGUGUGUGUGUGUGUGUGUGUGUGUGUGUGUGUGUGUGUGUGUGUUACCUGUAAACCAUGAAUAUAUUUCAUAUAAUAUAAUCUUUCAAGAGACAGUUGCGAUGUAUUUUAGAAUCAUUUCUCUUCCCUCAUUCAAAAUACUUAUACUUAUUUUACUUAAGUAACAUUUGAUAUGCAGGGCUUUCGCUUGUAAUGGUGUAUUUGGUAGUGUAUUAGUACAUUUACUUAAGUAAAGGAUUGGAAUACUUCCUCCACCACUGCCUUUGUGAGUCAGAUUCAGGUCCAAAGUGUCCUAUGUAAACACCAGUCUCACUUCCUGAAAUAGGUUCUACUCGAAGUACGAGCUUCUAAUAAAAUGUGCAAGAAAGAAAUACGGGAAUAGAAAUGUACUUGUCAAAUGUGGAGUGCAAUUGUAUGUAAUCAGAGAAUUUCCUGUUAUCCAGAUUCAGGCAGUCUUUAAAUCUUACUUAACACUUUAAGACACAUGUAAUACCUGGGCAGAAGUCCAUCCACACUGACCAUUGAUUUUAUUUUUAUCAUGUUGUCUUGUUUUCUUACAAUGUAAAGACUAAUUUUAAGGUUAGACAGACAGAGUGAACAGCCUUACUCCUCUGUACCUGCACACUAAAAUCAAAGCUCACAGCACUUGGAAGAAAAAAACUUAAAAAGAAAAGAAAAUCAUGUAUUAAGUAACUUAAUUUAAAAGUUGCUUUUUACUUACAUAGAUAUUGUAUUACUAAAUUAUUAAUAAAUUAUACAACUUAUUCCACAGCUGCCGGAAUUGUUACAAAUCAUAAUGUAAUAUCUGUGCAUAAUGUAAUAAUUUAAAUGUAAUAAAAGCUUAUAAUGUAAUAAUCAGCACAUAAUGUGAGAAAACCAUGAGCGUAAGAUGUAACCAGAGUUUUGUGCAUAUUGUAUUAAGUUAUUACAUUAUUACAUUUUAAACUAAGCAAAAGUUGCAAAAGUUAGUGCAUGGUGUAAUACUUAAAAAAAGAGAAUACUCUCCUUGUCUCAAAGCAUAGGAACCCUUCUAGUUGUACAUGCUAUGAGUGGAGUCUUUAACUGGACUUUGUUUAGUCUGGAUGAUAUUUUUAUUAGAUAAUGUCUGACAAAAUUCAGAUGAUUCUAAGCAUGUGAAAUGACUGAUCCCUACAAAGUAUUCCAGUUACUUUAAAUGUUAGCUUGUCCAAGCAGCAAACCACAUUACAGUAGGUAACAGUCUACAAAACCGUGUUUCUCACUUUGACCACCAGAUGGCUUUUAUCAGUGCUUUCAUGCUGUUCUUGAGAUUGAAAUAUGGUUUAUCCUACUAGCCAGCUGGUAAAGAUAAACUAGAUAAAAGAUUGUAUUUCUGUCAGAAAGGCUACCAUAUUCAUCACUGUUAGUUAAUAAUAACAACAACUAUAUUUCUGUCAGAAAGGCUAACACAUUAUCACUGGCAGUUAAAAAUACCAUUAUUUCUUUCAGAAAGGCUAACACAUUUAUCACGGGCAGUUAAUAAUAUCAGGUAUGUUUCUGUAAGAAAGGCUAACACAUUUAUCACUGGCAGUUGAUAAUAUCAAGUAUUUUUCUGUCAGAAAGACUAUUCAAUUUCAAUUCAAUUUUAUUUAUAAAGCCCAGUAUCACAAAUCACAAUUUGUCUCAGAGGGCUUUACAGCAUACGACAUCCCUCUGACCUUUGGACCCUCACAGCGGAUAAGGAAAAACUCCCCCCCAAAAAAAACCUUUAACGGGGGAAAAAAUGGUAGAAACCUCAGGAAGAGCAACUGAGAAGGGAUCCCUCUUCCAGGACGGACAGACGUGUAAUAGAUGUCAUAUAGAACAGAUCAACAUAAUACAUUUGCAGUAUUCCUUAUGUCAAAAUGAGACAUAAGCCCUUUUUAAAUAGGAAUUGUACAAAUUUGCAGGAAAACCCAAUCAGUCUUUUUUCAGCAUUGACAGUAUAAAAACAGAAUCGCGGACUGCGGCAAAAUGACGCCUACCUACUUUUGUUUAUACAGAAUGCGCCUUUUUCGGGGCAAUGGGGGGCUUGAGCAAGUCACAAAACGUGUAGCUCAGUGUGUGACGUAAACAGUGAUGUGGGAGGGAAGCCGCGGCUGGUCAGUCCUUCGGCGAUUCUCUCGUAAGUCAGCCCGUUCUUCACCAUCCCUGUCAUCUGAUGGUUAAUGGCCUCUUCGUUUGCAAGGAACGCUCAGGUUGCUGGCAAAACGGCCCAACAUUCGCGGAAAAUCUGGCAGUGUAAAAGGGACUAUAAAGAGAGACAGAGAGGGAUGCAGGACAGAUAGUAGACUGUUAGUAGACAGUAGCUUACAGCAACAUUAAUUUAAGUAAUAAUAUUAUAAUAAUAAUUGCUGCUAUUGUGGUACAAUAUGUUGUAAGUAUAUAUUAAUAUAUGAUAAUAUAUGUAUGUGACAAUAAUAAUCAUAUGUGUAUAAUAACAGUUGAAGUAUGACUAAUAAUAACAGCAGCAGUAGGCAGCAUCAGGCAGGACCACGGCAGCAGCACAACCACAUCACACAAUCCAGGCACAGCUGCGACAUGAGUUAACCUGCCAGACAGUGGAGAAGAAGCCGAGUUAGUGACAUGCAGUAGAGCCCAGUUAGCGAGAUGCAGUAACAGGACAUGAAUGUUAGCAAAGGAGAGAGAGAGAGAGAGAAGGUGCUCGAUGUAUUAUGGGAGGCAGACAAGGCCUAUGUCAGCCUAACUAGGGGCUGGUCCAAGACAAGCCUGAGCCAGCCCUAACUAUAAGCUAUAUCAAAAAGGAAAGUCUUAAGUCUAGCCUUAAAUGUGGAGACGGUGUCUGCCUCCCGGGUCCGAAACAGGAAGAUGAUUCCACAGAAGAGGUGCUUGAUAGCCGAAGGCUCUGGCUCCUGUCCUACUUUUGGAGACUUUAGGAACCACAAGUAACCCUGCAUUCUCAGAGCGCAGUGUUCUGGUGGGAUAAUAUGGCACUAUGAGCUCCCUAAGAUAUGAUGGAGCCUGACCAUUUAGAGCUUUGUAAGUUAGGAGAAGGAUUUUAAAUUGAAUCUGGAUUUUACAGGGAGCCAGUGCAGAGAAGCUAAAACAGGAGAAAUGUAAUCUUGUUUCUUAGUUCCUACUCAGUCAGUACACGUGCCUCCGUGUUCUGGAUUAGCUGGAGAGUUUUCAAAGAUGUCACAUUUAUUACUUACAAUUGAUAAUAUCAAGUAUAGUUCUGUCGGAACGGCUGACACAUUCCUUACUGGGAAAACAUUAUUAUUAUUGAUUAAACAUUUACCAGUUUUUAGGCUCUCAUAUUUCUUAUCAACUGUACUAAUUCUAUAUGUUGCAUUGUGAUUUACUGUCCACUCAAAUGAAGGACUUCUUGAUCAUAUUGAAUCAAAAAAUUAAGGAUGCAUGUAAUGCUUUUUUUUGAAUAUCUCAUCUAUACAAACAAGCACAAUUUUAGGUUUCCUUUUAAAACCACUGACUACCUUUUAAAUAAUUCAGCCAGUAAGACUUCACCUUUGGUGAAUGAUUGUAAAGGUAAUCCUCCUUGAAAAAAUCAGUGGUAUAAGACUGACUGUAGUGUCCCCCACAGCCCUCAUAGUGAGCCACACCUCUCCUGUACCACUUUAACAAUUGACCAACUUUGAUACUGUUUACUGUACUCAUUUUUCCAUGUGCUACCUGAAAUUGUCCCUCCCAGAUUACUAAACGAUGCCAUUUAAGUUAUCGGACCAUCAAUGCUUGCUGUUGUGAACCAACCAAACAACCAUUAUUCCUUCAAAGUGGCCACAGUUCAGCCCCUUCUAAAGAAACUGCACCUUGAUCCUUGCACACCAACGAACCGUACAUCUAUUUCUAAGCUUUCUUUUACAGCAAACAUUUGUGAUAAAAUAAUAUGCAAGCAACUUCUGCAACUUAAUAGCCCCUUUUACACUGCCAGAUUUUCGGCGAAUGUUGGGCCAUUUUGCCAGCAAGCUGCGAGCGUUUAGACACACAGAGUCAGAUUGGCAAGUUGAUCCCUCUAACCCUAACCCAAAAGUAGGCAGGCAGCAUUUUGCUGCACUCCCCGAUUUUGUUUUUAUGCUGCCAAUGCUGAAAGAAGACUGACUGGGCUUUCCUGCAGAUUUGCACAAUUCCUAUUUAAAAAGGGCUAAUGAAAAAAUGACAUACUUGAUGAAUACCAGUCAGACUUUUAACAAAAAAACAGCUCUGCUGAGGGCCACAAACCUUUGUGCGGCCUUUGACUCAAUUGAUCACACAAUUCUGACUGAUUUGCUAAAAAAUGGGUUAGAUAUCUGGUGUAGCACUAAAAUUGUUGUGUUCUUUUUUAUCCAACCAGAAGUUUUUUGUGUCCACCAGUGACAAAGAUGACAACCACCUGCCUGGACUGCUCAAAUGCUAUUUAUUUGUAUUUGUACUAACUGUUACAGUUAGUCCAAAACUCUGCAGCAAGACUUCACACGAACCCGCAAAAUUCAGUAGGGUUCUACUCCUUAAGGGCAAUAAAUGCAUUAGCCUCUCUGACAGAAAUACAGUUUAUAUACCAGUGAUAAAUGCAAUAGCCUUUCUGAAAAAGUAUUAUUAUUACCUAAUAUUAUUCACUUUUCUCAACACAAAAAAACGUGGUUUAUCAUACUAGUCGCCAGUGAUAAAAUAUGGCAUAUUGCCUGGAUCGGCUAACAUUUAAAGUAACUGGAGUAAUUAUGUAUACAGCAAUUAUAUCACAUGAUAAGAAUCAUCCAAAUUAAAUUCAGCAUCAUCUCUGUGAAGGUUCCUCUUUUUGUCCUGGCCACUGGAUAUCUUAAAGUGCUUAGUUUUUCAUACUGUAAAUGUAAUUAACGUGGCUACUGUGACAUCAUCCAUUGGUUCGUGGAUUCCAGUUUUGAAGCGUUGAGUUCUGCAUUUCUGCCAUUACCAUCGUGUUUUGUUUUUUUUUUGUUUCUGGGAGGCAGAAGUGACCAUAUUUGGGCGACGCGCUGGCGCUGUGGAGGAAUGAGGGUUGGAUUCGACUGAGAAGCUGAGCUCACUAUCAUCAGACAGCCUGUCACUUAUUGCAGCCCGCUCUUAAUUAUGUGUAACUUUAAGCCUUUAUAAAAAUGUGAACAGGGGAGUUAUAUAAAAUUUCACCUCCUGUACAGUUGUCAUGAAUAUUGAAAUUAGCUAUAGAGACCAGUACUGCUUUUUGUACCAGACUGUAAACAUGGUUAUUUCUGCUGUAAAGCUGGACAUUUUAACAUGGAGGUCUCUGAGGAUUGACUGGUUUCUGGAGCCAGCCUCAAGUAGCCAUUAGAGCAGGGGUCUGCAACCUUUGCCAUUAAAAGAGCCAUUUUUGACCAAGAAUAAUUUGAAAAAAUCUGUGUGGAACCGCAAAACAUGUUUGAGCCUUAUAAUCAAGGUAAAUAGCCUAUUAAGUCUAAAUUAGCAUAUACUUAUGGUCUAAAUAAGCAUUUGUUAAUAUGUUUUACCACAAGAUGGACACUGUGCAGGGCACUAUUUAUGAUUAUUUGGUACUUAAAUUUUGCAGAGCUGGCAGUGAGAGCAAACAAAUCUGUCCACGCACUACUACAUUCUCUAUUUUAUUCAAUUUACUUUUUUGGAUUUGGCAUCCAUAGCUAACCAGCCACUGCUAUCGAGCUUCAGCAACAUUUGGAUUCAUAGAAUGAAUUUCCAUAGAAUUCUUUUCUCAACGGCUCAAGGAGCCACUGGACAGGGGCUAAAGAGCCACAGGUUGCCUACCCCUGCAUUAGAGUAACUGCAGUUUUUGGCACUUCUCUGCUGGCUUCACUUUUUCAGCCCCAGAGGUUGCUGCUUGGAAUUCUGUCACACAUCCAAGAGGCUUUGUCAGUUUGAAACUAUUGAAAAUGUUCUCCAGACGAACGAGACAAAGUCCAGUUGAGCAGGUUUUCCGGUAAUCAGAGGAUCACUAGUGGCGUUCCCACUUUAUCCAGAGCCUUCAUGUGUAAGACAAGCCAUAAAGGGUGACAUGUUUUAGCUAGUCUUUUGUUAGGAAUCUCAAGAUUCCUUUAAACAUGUUCGGGCCCUUUACCUGUAACAUUUUGUACCUCAUGAUGUAGCCAGUAAUCUGAAUGAAAGACCUCUUAAUUACAUUUCAACAUUUCAGAGAAAACUACAUCAACAUCUAAGUCAUGUGUUUGUGAGGUAUGUUGAAAUGGAGCCAGCAGGGUAUUUUAUGCAAAAUCAUCUCUGUGUACAUGCAGGUAGCUGCUACAGCAGAAGAAACAUACGGUUACAGGAGGAAUACAUAGUCAGUGGAAACCAGGAAAGCACAUAUGUGCAGCAUUCACAGUAAAUCAACCAUAAAUCACAUUUUUGUGUUCUAGACUCAAUCUCUACCAGGUAUUAACAUGUGAUCUGUAUCUGAGUAUGUUGAGAUAAAGACAACUGAUGACUGACCUCUGCAUUUACAUCCACUGUUAAUCCAUUUUGCCUGCACUGGGAUCAGAUCUCAGUAUUCCUUUUGGAGGAAUUGGCAGACUUCUCAACAAACAAAGUACAAUAUAUCUCAGGUUAGAGUUGCUACAAUUGAUAGUUUUACAAUUAUGUAUCAAAUGACAAAGUAACAGUGUAAUACCAUAAAAGGGGCCGGUCGCCCUGAUUAAACUACUAAUCAAUGGAACCUGCAGCUUUCUUUGGUUUUAUGGAGCUUUAUGGCUCUCUUACACUACCUGCUCAGCACCAUGUGACAGACACAGCUGAGAGCCAGCUGUUGAACUUACUGGAGCAUUUAGCAGCUAAAGGGACAGUUUUCUACCUCAGGAGCUGGUAGAGAUUAAAACAGAGUUAAAAGAGUAUGAAUAUUAAAUCCACCAGGUGUCCAGAAACACAACUGCAGGAUGUGUAUAUAAGCAACUGGUAUCUAACACAUUCAGAAUGCCAACUCAAAGGGAUGCUAAUAUGUAAUUAUAUUUACAACUUGUUUCUGCUGCCCCCAGUGGCUCAAACAUGUUAUUGCAGGUUUGAGGAAAGGGAUGAAUGAUUCUCUCAAGGGACAGUUAGAAUGUGCAAAUGGACACACUGAGACAGCUGAAGACAUCUACAGGCUACUUUUCAGUCACUGAGCUAAUUAGGCAAAAAUUGUUUACACUGUAAAGGCCCUGACACACCAAGCUAUCAGUCCGCCAUCAGUGUGUGUCCAUGGCCCAUGGUGUGUCCUGCACCACUGGCCCUUGUUGGCGCUAGUCAGCUUUUUUUCCGCCAAUUAUGCAUGUUGAAUCAGCAUCAGCGAAAGCAGAACCCAUCGGUGAAUGAAAUCACUCUGAUUGUCCGUUCAGCUCAGCACAAGAGAAGAGAAGAAGGAAUUGAGGAGAGAAACAAAAAGCUAAAGUCAAGAGGGAGUGAGACCAAGACACCUUGUUUGAGCUCUUUAGUAGAAAGGUUUCCUGAUGGUUUGUGUUACUGUUCACUGGUGCACAGUAAAAAUGCUCUGUUCUUUCAACUGUUCUGGAUUGUGUUGUCAAUAUGCUAACUGGCUAACUAGCAUUAAGACGGUCUUCCGAUUUCCCGUUUUGAAUGAUGAUUACAGACUACCACCUUCUGCUUGUGUUGAGAGUUAUUUCCCUUCGCACAGGCAUGAAUGUGCUCGUUGGCUGUCAGUUGAAGGUGCUUUUGUCGCCACUAGUUCUCUAUAGUCGGUUUGGUGUGUCUGGGCCUUAAGAAUGUAAUCUGAGCCAGUAGGGAAGCCUGAUAACACAAAUGCUACAUCAACUAUCCUUGUCAAUUUCGUGACCCUUAAGUCUCCUGAAGCGAUGCUGCUGUAGUUAGAAAGAGGGCUUGUCUGUACCUUUUUGACAAUCAUCUUUAGUUAGGGCAUGAUUCCUAUCAAUAUGGCCGAACUGUGCAGAUGUCAUUUUUACACAUCGCUGAAACACUUCCAGAUGUGGUCUGGCAGCCCCAACUGCUUUCCGCUUGCAUUGCAAUUUCCAUGCAUUUGUAUGCAACAACUUUUUUCCCCCUCAUCUGAAUAUGAUAUUCAGAUACAGAUAACAUGAUAAUACUAAAUUAGUUAAUACUAAAUGAAAAUGGAAUCUUUAGGAACACCAACUCUCUCUGAACUGCCACCAAAAACUUGUGACUCACCAGCAGCUUAUCAUCACAUUCUACUUGUUUUUAAUUUUAUUUUAUCUGAAAGUCCUCUGACAACAGGAAACACAACUUUUUAUCAUUUGGAAAAUAUAUUUUAAUUGAAAAUUGGCUGAGUCAAAUCAUUUUUUCUUUGUAAAAGGUGAAAAUGGAAACCGUGAACAAUAAACAUGCUUCAGAUUCAGUGCAACAGCAUGUCAUUCAGGAUUGAUUCAUCUGGCCAAAGAGCAUGUAAACUACAGCAGAACCAGUGAUCAUGCAAUCCCUUUAAGAAUUAAAGUCUUGACACACCAAGCCGACAGUCAGCUAUUGAUCAGUGUCAGUCCGUUGGUGAGCACCCAUGGCCCUCAUCUGCUUUCUUUUGGGUGAUUCAGUAUGUUUAAUCAGUGUUAGCGAGAGUGGAGCCUGUCUGUGAAUGAAAUCCCUCUGUUUGUCAGUUCAGUUCAGCGCAGGAGAAGAGAAACAGCGGUGAGGAAAGUAAACAAAGAGCUAAAGUUCAGAGGGAGUGAGACCAAAACAAACUUGUUCCAAAAGGUCAUAUUAUUUUUUUCUUAAGCCACUGAGCUCUUUAAGCAGAAAGGUUCCCUGGUGGUUUGUGUUAUUGUUCGCUGCCGCACAGUAAAUAUGAUCUAUUCUUUCAACAUUUUGUUGUCACUAGUCGGUUUGGUGUGUCUGGGCCUUUAGACUGUAACUGUAAUGGCACUAGUUCUCUGAAGUCAGUUUGGUGUGUCUGGGCCUUUAGACUGUAACUGUGAUGGACUAUUUGACCACUAAUGGGAUCAAAUACCCAGUCAGUUUUGUGUUCUGUGAUUUAAAUUCAGAUCCAAAGUCUCCUUCUGGGCACUGUUUUGGCAACUGGUAGUCCAACAUUCUGUUAAGACAUUUCUUUUCUCUGUUGUAAAUUAUCACAAGUUGUCUUGAGUGCACACCAUCUCACAACAUGAUUUUGCCAAGAAGGACAUGCUGCUGGAUCAACAUCCCACACUGUAUUCCUGGACCAACAUUGCAAUCAACCAGUCACAGCCUUCGGACAUCAUCAGUAUGUUUAAAUUUGAACAGUUGAACAAAAUCCAAACAAAACAUUACUGCAAGCUUAAUGAGUUUGCUUGCUAAUCAGGUAGUCUUUGCAAAUGACUAAACUUGCCAAUAGACUAGAAUAUUGUUCACUACAUUAAGAGUAGUUGCAGAGACCUGUAAUGGACAUAUUUUCCCUCUUUUUCCAUAGCACCUUCAAAUUUUUUAUUUUUUUUUUCCUUUUGCAAAAUUGCAGUGCUAGUGUGAUCCAGGACCAUCAGCAUCAUCUUCUGUGUAUUUUGUUUAGGUUGAUCUAGGGCCAUCAUCAUCAGAAUUAGAAUCAGAGUCAGAAAUACUUUAUUGAUCCCCGAGGGGAAAUUAUUUGUGUUACAGGUGCUCCUUGCAAGAGUGGAAAGAUAAGUGAAAAUAUAAGAAAUUUAACAAGAGUAUUUACAAAUAUAUAGUUCAAAUAAACAGGAUUAUUAACAAAAAAUAAAGUGUAUAUAUACAGUACAGGCCAAAAGUUUGGACACACCUUCUCAUUC